UCCAGCUGCUGAUGGUCUGCUCAUUCUCCUCAGUGAGAGGACAGCACACACACUCCUUCACAACCAGCCUCCUUCUCUCACAUACACUCGUGUAUGAAACUUUUCCGGCAGUAUGUUCAAAACUGGAUAUACCCCGAGCAGCACAGAUUUCUGGAACAUCUGAACAAUUUGAGCACUCUAUUGAGGAGAAGGAAGAUCAUCCAGCAUUAAGGUAUGAGGUGUGCUUGAAUAAGCCACUGAGGAGGGGUUUUUCCUCUUGACACCGAAAGCUACUGAAGUUUUGCACAUCAACAAUGAGUCUUAAGAAGAGGAAACCAAGCAUGGUGUUCAGCUGGCACAAGUCUUUUGCUAUCCUUGCCCCUUGGAGAAAAGGUAAAGGGGAUAUUGUUUUAGAGAAUGAAGUUGUACUAACAAAAAUGAAGCUCCUCAACAACUUCCCUGAGAAACUACUAAAUGUUGAGGAUUCCAUUUCAACCAUCUCCAUUUCAAUGUCUGAGCAGGAUAACAGAGAGCCUCUCCAGGCUGAUGAGGUGAUCUCCAUCCAUAGCGCUGCUCCAGAUACAACUGUGACUGAAUCAAAAACAGACUAUCUAUCUUCGAUUUUUGCUGAUUCUGAGCUUCAAAGAUUGUAUAAAUUUGAAUCUGAGGACUCUGGGGUAGAGAUGACUAGUGGAGCAACCUCCCCAUCCACCCCAACUGGUUCAGAGCAAAGCUUUGUGGUCCACAGUAGAGGGUCUUCAUGUGACUCUGGCAACCUGAACUCUCAUGUACCUGCUGACAAUCCUCUUGAAGACAGUUCGGUCUUUUUGGAAACUGAACAAAUGUCUUGUAAAUGUGCUGAACAAGAUACUCUUACCAUUCUGGGAGACAGAAGAGAGGAUGAGAAUGCUGAUGAUGAUUUAAUAGACCUGAUGGCAGAUUCAGAGAGGUCCGAGGACAGAACCCUGAGGAAUACCAUGGAGAACUGUGAAGAUGAAAUUGAAAUCAUAUCAGCACAGGUGGAAAUAACAGGCACUGCAAUGGCUGAGGACACGAUGUCAAGGAACCAGUGUUCUAUUGAAGCUUGCGAUGGCGAAACAGGACAUGAAUUUCAGCAACAGCCUUUGAGGAAAAGCACAACCAGCGACAGCUUGGAUGAGUACAUGGAAGAGUGCUGCAGGCUAAGUGAGGUGAACCAGGCCAAUCAGUCCAACCCACUGGGCUCUGGACUGGGGUACCUAGAGCACAUCUGCCAACUUAUAGAGAAGAUCGGUCAGCUACAGGAACACAACCUCCGACUACAGAAACAGAUCUGUGGCCUGCAGAAGGAUGGCCGAGUAAUCAAGACUAAAGAGGACUUUUUCAUACAUCACUGCAGCUGUGGAGCAGCCAGCUUGGCCUUCCAAGAGCUCAAGAGACACUUUCACAGUGAUCACUACAGCCUAACAGCAUCAAGCAGCACGCUGUCUGACCUGACCACAAUCCCUGAGGUCACGCGCAUCCCCCUCAGGACAGCAGCGAGAGAUGGUGAGAUGGGCUGUCAACCUGCUCUUCCCGUUUGGAAAAGGGGUCUGAAUCGAAGAAGCUACACAGAGGGAGAAGCCAAGUACCUGAGUGACAGCGCUGAGGUCCUCUCUGCUCCUCACAGACGGUUGAGUGAGAACUAUACUUGGGGAAGAGUGAAGGAACUGGUGAAGAAGACUAAACUGAGGAACCAGAGCAGGCUGGGACUGUCUUCAGGCUCCUUGAAGAGAUCAUGUCCACAGCUUUACCGCCCAGAUGUGAUGUCAGCAGAGCGCCCCAGGACAAACAGAAACUCCAUGAUCGCUUUGGGCCAUCAGAAACUGGACUAUCUGUGGCCACAGUAGUAUUGAUCAGACAUUGAGCAGAUGGCCGGCGAUGGGGCAGCUUUUCCAAAAAGCAAAAGGACAAAGUGAUGUUUUUUUGCAGUUUGCAGAUGGUUAUUCCAGACUGAGGAACAAAAUGGGAGAGAAUGCACAAGAAAAAGACGAACAGGAUUUGAAUAAUGAGAGAAAAAUACUGGUAUUGUGUGUACUG